AUUUUGUGACCAGAUUUUAUUGCAAAUAAAAAAGAAAUUCCACUUGGUUAAUGGCUUCAGAUGGAAGAAACGGAGAUGAAUCGAUGGUGUGGCUGCCAACAUUUUUUGGGAAUCAAAAGGGGGCACCGUCAUAUGUGGCAUAUGAUCAUGAAGUUGAUGAUGAUGAUGCAGAUGAGGGUGUAGCGGAAACACCACAGGCCCAGCAGGAUUUUGAUCCGAUGGCCGAGCACAGAGCUCCGACUAUAGCAGAAAGAGAGGAUGAAUAUUUGAGUCGGAGGAGAAAUCUCGUGAUUUCGCCUGCUAGACAUGAUCCUUUUGCUCCUGGUGGUCAGACCCCAGAUGUGUCAUCAGAAAGAAGGACCUACGCUCGGAUUAUGACAGAAAAUGAGCUAGAGAAAAAAAAGAAAGGUCUUCAAGAACAAAUGAAAAAUAAGGCUCAAGAUGGAACAUUGACUACUGUUAAUCAGCAAGCACAGCAGCAGCAAAAGAAGAAAAGAAGAUGGGAUCAAACAGUCGAUGACACUCCAAAGGUCAAGAAAGGAGCCUAUGAUGAUUCAGCUACCCCAGCUAUUGGGCAAUGGGGUGACACCCCGGGCAGAUCUAGAGGGGCUGAAACUCCUGGGGCCACACCAGGUGGCAGUCAGAGAAUGUGGGAUGUGACACCUGGACAUGCAACACCUGGUCACGAGACACCUGGUCGUGAUGGCCAGAUGACUCCCAGUGCCAGGAAAAAUAGAUGGGAUGAAACUCCCAAAACUGACAGGGAAACACCUGGACACGGUGGUGGCUGGGCUGAGACACCGCGCACCGAUCGUACAGGUGUCGACCUCAUUAAGGAGACACCGACACCUGGAGCCAGCAAACGAAGGUCGAGAUGGGAUGAGACACCUGCCAGUGCCACGCCUAGUGCUGCUACACCUGUCAUUGCUACUCCAGGUAUUGCAUUCACACCAUCCGCAACCACACCAGUCGGUCCCAAAGCUAUGUCCAUGGCCACCCCAACACCAGGUCAUGUAGUUCCAAUGACUCCAGAGCAGAUGCAGGCUUGGACAUUGCAGAAGGAAUUGGAUGAACGAAAUCGACCUCUCACCGAGGAAGAAAUUGAUGCUGUACUGCCCGAAGGUUUUAAGAUCCUCCAACCUCCGGCCGGUUAUGUUCCGAUCCGCACCCCAGCUCGCAAGUUGACUGCCACUCCGACUCCCAUUGCUGGCACUCCGACUGGGUUUAGGAUGCAGACACCUGAUUCCAGGACGCACGUCGUCGAUCUGCAACCGAAGGGAAACCUGCCAAUGAUGAAGCCCGAUGACAUGCAGUACUUUGAUAAAUUACUGGUUGAUGUUGAUGAAGACAGUCUCCCACCAGAGGAGCAGAAGGAACGUAAGAUCAUGAAACUGCUGUUGAAGAUCAAAAAUGGAACACCUCCAAUGAGGAAGGCUGCACUGCGUCAGAUGACAGAGAAGGCACGAGAGCUGGGGGCCAACUCACUGUUCAACCAGAUCCUACCAUUGCUUAUGAGUCCAACUUUGGAAGACCAGGAGAGGCAUCUGCUUGUCAAGGUGAUUGAUAGGAUACUAUACAAACUUGAUGAUCUGGUUCGUCCGUUCGUGCACAAGAUACUCGUCGUCAUCGAGCCUCUCUUGAUUGAUGAGGAUUAUUUUGCAAGGGUGGAGGGCAGAGAGAUUAUUUCCAACCUAGCUAAGGCUGCAGGCUUAGCUACCAUGAUCUCGACGAUGAGGCCGGACAUCGACAACAUGGAUGAGUACGUGAGGAACACCACAGCCAGAGCAUUUGCCGUUGUCGCUUCUGCUCUUGGUAUCCCGUCUUUACUACCCUUCUUGAAAGCUGUUUGCAAGAGUAAGAAGUCCUGGCAGGCUAGGCACACUGGUAUCAAGAUAGUCCAGCAGAUAUCUAUCUUGCUCGGCUGUGCAAUCCUUCCUCACUUGAAGAGUUUGGUGGAGAUUAUUGAGCAUGGUUUAGUUGAUGAACAGCAGAAGGUGAGAACGAUCACUGCAUUGGCUCUGGCAGCUCUAGCAGAGGCCGCCACUCCUUACGGUAUUGAGUCCUUUGACAGCGUCCUCAAGCCAUUGUGGAAAGGUAUCAGGCAGCAUAGAGGCAAAGGAUUGGCUGCUUUCUUGAAGGCCAUUGGAUACUUGAUUCCACUGAUGGAUGCAGAGUAUGCCAACUACUACACCAAGGAGGUGAUGUUGAUACUCAUUAGAGAGUUCCAGUCGCCAGAUGAGGAGAUGAAGAAGAUUGUCCUCAAAGUAGUAAAGCAGUGCUGUGCGACGGAUGGUGUUGAGCCGAUGUACAUCAAGGACGAGGUGCUUCCCCCGUUCUUCAAGUGCUUCUGGAAUCAAAGGAUGGCACUCGACAGGAGGAAUUAUAGACAGCUUGUUGACACGACGGUUGAGAUAGCAACGAAGGUCGGGGCCUCGGAGAUCGUCGGUCGUGUCGUGGAUGACCUGAAGGAUGAAGCCGAACAGUACAGGAAGAUGGUCAUGGAAACUAUUGAGAAGGUUAUGGCAAACUUGGGAGCUACGGAUGUUGACUCAAGGCUUGAGGAGCAACUCAUUGACGGCAUCCUCUAUGCCUUCCAGGAACAAACAGCUGAGGACAUAGUCAUGUUGAAUGGGUUUGGGACAGUUGUGAAUGCCCUGGGCAAACGUGUGAAACCCUACCUGCCACAGAUCUGCGGUACAAUUCUCUGGAGGCUUAACAACAAGGCAGCGAAGGUCAGGCAGCAGGCUGCAGAUCUCAUUUCCAGGAUUGCCAACGUCAUGAAACUCUGCCAGGAGGAGAAACUAAUGGGCCAUCUCGGGGUUGUCCUGUACGAGUACCUGGGUGAGGAGUACCCCGAGGUAUUGGGUAGCAUCCUUGGGGCUCUCAAAGCUAUUGUCAAUGUCAUUGGAAUGACGAAGAUGACCCCACCCAUCAAAGAUCUCCUACCUAGACUGACUCCCAUCCUCAAAAAUAGGCACGAAAAGGUGCAAGAGAACUGCAUUGAUCUUGUUGGUCGCAUUGCCGACAGAGGGGCUGAGUUUGUGUCAGCAAGGGAAUGGAUGAGGAUCUGUUUUGAACUUUUGGAACUGUUGAAAGCUCACAAGAAAGCUAUCAGAAGAGCCACUGUAAAUACAUUUGGGUACAUUGCCAAAGCUAUUGGACCGCACGAUGUUCUGGCCACUCUGUUGAACAACCUGAAGGUGCAGGAGAGACAGAACCGUGUUUGCACGACAGUUGCCAUUGCCAUUGUUGCCGAAACAUGUUCACCGUUCACCGUUCUUCCCGGAUUGAUGAACGAAUACAGAGUUCCUGAGCUGAACGUACAGAAUGGCGUGCUGAAAUCUCUGUCCUUCAUGUUUGAGUACAUUGGUGAGAUGGGCAAAGAUUAUGUAUACUCGGUGACUCCACUGCUGGAAGAUGCCCUGAUGGAUAGAGACUUGGUACACAGACAGACAGCCAUGGCAGCCAUAGGUCAUUUAGCUCUCGGUGUCUAUGGUUUUGGAUGUGAAGAUGCACUGACCCAUUUAUUAAAUUACGUUUGGCCGAACGUCUUUGAGACUUCACCUCACGUCAUCCAAGCCUUCAUGUCGGCAGUCGAGGGCAUGCGAUUGGCACUGGGCCCUACUAAAAUCUUGCACUACGUCAGCCAAGGUUUAUUUCAUCCUGCAAGAAAAGUUCGCGAUGUUUAUUGGAAGGUGUACAACUCCUUGUACAUCGGCUCUCAAGAUGCUCUCGUACCUGCCUACCCUCGCAUAUUCAACGAUGAUAAGAAUCAGUACAUUCGCUAUGAGCUCGACUAUCUACUGUAAUUUUCAGUAACCUUUCCAACAGAUAUGUCUGUCUCCGUGUUGUAUGUAUAUAGCAAUAUAUAAUUUGUUAUGUUGAAGUUACAAUGUUAACUCAGUUUGUCGUACAGUUUGAAUGAACAUUUAAUCAGCCGAUUCUUCUUCAAAAACCUAAAAACUUGUUUUUCAACGGUUCAUUGAUUAAGUACAUGUGUUAAAUACAAUUCUCUUAUUGAAUUCACUCAUUGGUUGGUUUGGGAUAUUACGUUAGACGAAAUUCGAUCAAAAUUUUCGUUGCACGAAUGAAUGGAAUGUCAUACAAUGAAAUGUAUAAUUUAUCGGUUUUAGAAUUUUUUUUAACUACACGAAUCACUUGUCUUAUUGUUUGUAAAUGGAAAUGAAAAAAAUUUGUUCUUUAAUUCAUUUGUUGCUUGAUGGCUUGUGGAAGGAACGAGACAGCGGAUCGAAGUAAGGUUCGAUUGUAAUUUACUUGUGGUGAUGUUACUUGUUUUUAAAAUUUUGAAUCCUAUUUUCAAUCAACAUGAUGAUUGUUACUACUGCUAUAAAUGUGUAUAAACUACUUUUGAGCUCCAAUCAUCUCCGUACAAAUCUAGCGUACAAUCCUUUCUCAAACAUGCAGACGUUUUGUAAAAAUGUUAAGGUUAUUCAAUUUACAACAUGCACCUCUGGUUUGUUCGAAUAUUUAGUAAUUUUCACUUCUUAUAAAUUAUGUUUGUUAAAUUUAACGUCUAAAAAAGAUUAUGUUUUUAAUUUUUUUUAAAGAAUGUCAGAAUGGGUUGGUAUUGAUAUACAAGUUCUAUAUAUAUAUAUAUAUCAUUUGUUAUUAACAUAUCGUCAAAAUUUCAAGAUAAAAAAUAUGGUUUGUCGUAAAAACUGUUCAAAUAAAGAAUAAAAUUU